AACUUGCAUAUGAACAGCGUCCCGCAGCCACACCUAUUAGUGUUUCUACAGCUCAGUAGCUCUGCCUGGCCUGUGAUCAGCCUGCUCUUCAUGGAGAGAAGAAGAAGUGUUAUUGUGUUGUUGACUGUACGUUUGUUUAUCCCAUGUGUCACUCUGUGUUGUUUUUGUCGCACUGCUUUGCUUUAUCUUGGCCAGGUCGCAGUUGUAAAUGAGAACUUGUUCUCAACUGGCCUACCUGGUUAAGUAAUGGUGAAAUAAUGUAUAGAUUUUUAAAAGUGAAAACAUGAGUAGGACAUGGAGGUGAGUUGACAUUGUUGACACUGUGCUUAGUUGUAAGCACAAAAUAUUUUUUUACAUUUCUCUAUUCAGUGAGUGAAACUUGUAGAAUGUUUGAACCCAUAUGCUGUGGUUUCAUGACUAGUUGGCCAUUUCCCCAUAGCAGGAAACAGAACUGUCUGAGCGUAAUGACAACUACACAUUCAUUUCAUGCCAAACUAUCUAGUUUACAAACAUGUCCUCACGCCAUACUCUGAGAGUUUUAACAUCUACUGGUGGGCUUCCAAUGUUGAUGAUGCUUCUUCACCUCUACAUAAGCUAUGUUGUUGCAGAAGACAUCAGAACAGUUGGACGAGUAGGAAACUCCAUAUUCCUUCACCCUAAAAUGCACUUACACGCCAAGAUCUCUGACAUAAGAUGGAAACAUGAUAAUACAGAUAUGUUAAUAGCUAGAAAUGGUACGCUUGUUAAUUUAAUGGAUAGGUGUGAGAUCUUUCUAAAUGGUUCACUGAAGUUUAAUGAAGGACUGAAAAGAGACAGUGGAAAUUAUACUGUUCAACAAUACAGUGAAAAUGGAGGCCGUUUAUCCGAGCGGCACAUUGAGCUCAAUAUUCUAGAACCUGUUUCCAAACCAAAGGUGAGAACCUCCUGUACUUUUGAUGGGAGAGUUGUUCUGACCUGCUCUGUUGAUAAAGGAGACCGAGUUGUGAUGAUCUGGACCGAGCAGCCAUUUGCCUGGACAGGGUCCAAUCAGACCCUGAGCUCAGGUCCUGUUCUAUUCCUAGACAGCCAUACGCCUGGAAACCUGACCUGUGUGGCAAUGAACGAAAUAAGUGAGGAAGGCUUCAGCCCAGUUGUCCCAACAUGCAGAGGUCACAGGUCAACUGUGGCUGCAUUUGGUCUCUUUGCAUUUGCACUGACGACACUGGCCGUCGCCAUUCUACAUUUGAAGAAGAGGCGUCAGAAAAAGAGAAAAGGUCAAAGUCAGACGGAAUAUGUGGAGGAGAACAACUACAUUGAGAUGCGUGGGGAUUUAUGCAACAAAUGGCCACAGGAGGAGACCACAAUCCACCCGAACCAAGACACCUCCCAUUACGAAUUCUGCAGACCUCUUGCACCUGCUUCCAGCCAGAGAAAGAGACGACUAUCACUGGAGUUCGAUGAUAUCUAUGUAUGAAGAACAAUGUGUUAAUGGUAUUUCAAUAGCAUUGAUUUGUUUUCCAAUGUGAAGUAUGCAACUACGCACCAUAAUUACUGAUCAUUUUUUACAAUUCAUUAUGGUGUAUUUCUGCGAUAGAUGUAUUUUUGUUGUAUAGUCGUAGAGCCUAGAGAAGCGACAUAUAGGGCAUUAUUUCACCUGUAUUUUGAUAUUGUAUCAUACCCGUACUGACUUCAUUAUCAGAUUGGACCACUAGGUGGAAGCAUUACAGUAUGAUAAAGAACCAGGGUGACGAGAGGUGAGAAGAAACAUCACAGGAUUACUGUCAUUACAUCAAUAGUUGUUUCAAAACAUAUGGACGUUGCUGGGACGACUGUAAAUUAUUCCAUUUCAAACUCUUCUAGUUAUUAUUGUCUAAUGUAUGUUUAACUUCAAAAUGUCCAGAUAAAAGACUCCUGAGUGGCA